AUGCUUCUCCCGGGCGGUGAGGCGAAGAAAGAGAAAGAUUCAAAUGACGGGCAGACCGAAACUCCCGAAAACCGAGAAACUGCAGAGUCUUCACAACACAGCGUGCGAUUCGCUUCGCAAAAUGAAGAGAUAGAUCCGCACGAUGAGAACAGACGAGAUACCCCGCAAGCAGGCGCCGUGAGAGACGAGGGCCUCAGUUCCGAAGCGCAUGAGCAAAUCCGAAAUUUGGCCAUGUCUCUUCAGAGAUCAAGAUUACAAGAAAACAGAAUGUCGCACUUUGGCUACGAGGCGGUCUCGAUGCCGCCCUCGCGAGUACCAUCGAGAGAGAGUGAUGCGCCCGAAACUCCACGUAGCUCAAUUCGACAGGGCCACGGUUCUCUAUCUUCAGCCUUUCAUUCGCCUCCAUUGACACCACAUGGCUCGAAAGAUAGCAGAGCUGAUAUAGCCGGAGCGGCCAAAGGUCAGCAAGCAUCCAAUGCCAUCACUCCGCAAACCUCUCCUCCUCCCGACUCACACGGACGAGGUCUCUCUCAAUCCACAUCCCCUUCACAGUCUGUAUCAAGACCGUCAUCCUCCGAACAACAGUCCACCCGAUCUAGCCUAGGGCACCAUAAACUAGUACCCAAAUUCGAGAUUGGGCCGUCAGAGUCUGCAAGCCCGACAGACGAAAGCCCUGUUGGAACGCCCAAGCUUCGGCCUUCUUCCCCGCAACUGGAAGUCCAACCGCCUCAAUCUAAGACUGGAUCAUCCGAACACAGGCAUUUCGGAAGUACAGGGAAGAAUUCUCUUGCCCCAGCGAUUGCAGCAGCGGCAGAGCGGAUACCCCGAGCAGGAAGUAGUACCGACGUUUCAGGAGACAAACGGUCUUCCAUCUUUGGCAACAAGAAAGAUCCCUAUUCCUAUCUCAGCGACGCCGCGAGUGAAAAAGGUGGUUUGGAAGGAAAGAAACAUGGGUCAAUGUCUGAACUGAAGCGGUUCUUCAGGCUCGGCGGCCACAGUAACAAACACAAACACCACCAUCACCACCACCACGGAGCUCCCCGGGACGAGUCUCCAGCCUCGUCAGUUCCGGCUUCCCGAAGAUCUACAAAGACUGGGACAAGGACGCCACCUCAUCAAGCACCUCCCGUGAAUGUUCCAUUCAUGGAUGAGCACAGCCUUGAGGCCAAAUACGGAAAAUUUGGCAAAGUUCUCGGGUCCGGUGCUGGAGGCUCUGUCCGAUUACUGAAACGAAGUAGUGACGGUGUGACUUUUGCUGUCAAACAAUUCCGAGACAGACAUUCUUGGGAGAGUGAAAAGGACUAUAACAAGAAGGUGACGGCCGAAUUCUGUAUCGGAUCUACGUUGCACCAUGGCAACAUCAUUGAGACCAUGGACAUCAUCCACGAAAACAGUCGAUGGUACGAGGUCAUGGAGUACGCACCAUAUGACCUGUUUGCUAUUGUCAUGACGGGCAAAAUGACAAGAGAAGAGAUUGCCUGUGCAUUCCUCCAGAUCGUCAACGGGGUGAGCUAUCUGCACAGUAUGGGCCUCGCACAUCGCGAUCUCAAGUUGGACAACGUGGUGGUGAGCGAGCACGGGAUCAUGAAAUUGAUCGACUUCGGUAGUGCCACCGUGUUCAGGUAUCCUUUUGAACACGAAAUUGUCCUAGCUUCAGGCAUUGUAGGAUCGGAUCCUUAUCUAGCCCCUGAGGUGUACGAGGAGAAAAAAUACGAUCCCACAGCCACCGACAUUUGGUCCCUGGCGAUUAUCUUUUGUUGUAUGUCGUUACGCAGAUUCCCGUGGAAGCAACCGCGGCUUGUCGACAAUUCAUACAGGCUGUUCGUUGCUACGCCCACUCCGGGCACACCUGUACCGGAUUCUAAACCUCGGAAGUCCUCACGAACACUUGCGGAGCCGGAUGAUGGAUCUCGACGCCCAUCGGAAGCUCACGAAAGCUCUUCGUCGCACCACCACCAGCAUCAUUCCGAGAGUGCAGGGACGGAAUCACGGCCUGGGACAUCUGGCGGGGAUAAACAGGAAGUCAUCAAAGGUCCUUGGCGACUACUUCGCAUUCUUCCGCGUGAGAGUCGACAUAUCAUUGGCAGAAUGCUCAAAGUUGAUCCUGCGGAACGUGCAACCAUGGAUGAAGUGCUUGAGGACGAGUGGGUUCUGAGCUCGCAGGUCUGUUAUCAGGAGGAAAACGGCGUUGUCCAUCGCGCACAAAAUCACACACACACCCUGGAAGCCGGAUCUGGAGGACCUCCCCCUACCAAGGUGUAG